AUGAGCAUGCAGGUCUUCCCCACAGCUCCGUCGCCGACGGUGACGCACUUGACGAACCUCCCCGCGUUCAUUCUCAGAUCCCCCAUCGCCUGCGGCAGAGGCUUCUCUCCGGGCGAGGAGACGGAAAAGGGGGGGGGGGGAAAGCAAAUGCGGAAUUUUGGGCGGCAGUGA